AUGAGAGACUGGAGAUUUGGAGACAGACUCUUGAGUCUAAAGGUUUUCAAGGUGAGCAGGACUAAGACGGAGUACUUGGAAUGCAAGUUCAGUGACGUUACCCAGGAAGCAGACAUAGAUGUGAGUCCUGAUACACAAGUCAUCUUUAAGAGAGGGAGUUUCAAGUACCUUGGGUCAAUAAUACAAGGUGAUGAAGAGAUUGAUGAGGAUGUUACGCAUCGUAUCGGAGGAUGUUCCGGUGUGUUGUGUGAUAUGAAUGUACCAUUGAAACUUAAAGAUAAGAUAAGGAAUGAAGUCAUUCAGAAUAAGGUAGGUUUGGCCCUCGUGGAGGAUAAGAUGCGGGAGGCGAGGUUGAGAUGGUUCGGGCAUGUUAAGAGGAGAAGCACAGAAGCCCCUAUUAGGAGGUGUGAGAGGUUAGCCUUGGAGGAUAUGAGGAGGGAUAGAGGUAGGCCAAAAAAGUCUUGGAGAGAGGUGAUUGGGCGGGACAUGGUGCAGCUGGAGGUGACUGGGGAUAUGACCCUUGAUAGGAGGGUAUAG